AUGAGCUACGUCGUCCGACCCUGGGCUCUGAGGGACCUCAAGGAUGUCAUGCGGCUGAUUCGGGAAGGGGCAACAUUUCACAAGGCUUUGGAUCAGGUCAAAACUACCCCCGAAGCGCUGAGGGAAGACGGCUUCGGGACGGACCCCAAGUUUGGCUGCCUGGUAGCCGAAGUUCCCCCUGACCAGAGGAGCAAAGAUGAUGUGCCCUUCUCUCUGCCUUUGACACUGGUUUCUCCAGGGCACACCAUCGUCGGGUACCAGUUCCAUUACUUCAGAUACUGCACCUGGACAGGGCGGAUCAUUUUUGGGGAGGAUCUGUACGUCAUGCCGGAGUUUAGAGGCAAAGGAAUUGGCACCAGUUUACUGAGCCAAGUGGCCAAGCUCAUGCUUGCCCACGGCUGCAAACAGUUCAGAUUCAUGUCGGCCAACUGGAACCAUCCGGCCACGGCGCUGUACGAGAAAUUGGGGGCUGUGGAUGUGACGGCGAGGGACAACUGGGUCAUCUGGCACAUCGAGGGGCAGGCCGUGCAGGAGAUGGCACAGCAGGCGACACAAUAA